AUGGCAACCGCUCAGACAACGUCAAGGAAGAAAACUGUUCUGACGAUCAAAGAAAAAUAUCUUGCUUUGAAAGAGCUUGAAAAAGAAGGAACAACUAAAAAGUCUAUUGCUAAAAAGUAUGGUGUCCCACCUAACACACUUUCAUACUGGGUUAAGAAUAAAAGUGACAUUUUUACCAAGUAUGAAUCAGGCCAGUAUGGAGUUAAAAGACAAAAGCUUUCUUCCGGAAAAUACGAUAACAUUGAUAAAGCAGUUUACAAGUGGUUCGUUAACGCUCGUGAAAGAACUGUGCCGAUUAGUGGUCAAAUCAUUCGAGAAAAAGCAUUGGAUUUUGCAAAGCAAUUCAACGAACCUGAUUUUAAAGCUUCAGAAGGCUGGCUAGACAGAUGGAAGUACAGACAAAACAUCAUUUACAGAAUUAUUUCUGGAGAGGAAAAGUCUUGUACACCAGGGAUGACAGCAAGCUGGGAAGAAACACACCUGCCAACCAUUUUGUCACGCUAUGAUUUACAAGACAUUUUCAAUGCUGAUGAAUUCGGCUUGUUCUACCGGAUGCUUCCAACAAAUACCUAUCAUGCCAAAGGUGAAAGAUGUGCUGGUUGA